UAAACGGUUGGCAGGUCUGCCAUCAUUUUAGUUCACUGAUAUACAAAGCGUUAUUCAGUCUACAUCAAUUUUAAUUGUGAUUUUUUGGUAAAGAUUGUUACGAUAAAAAUGGAAACCUCAAGCGAGUUAACUGAGAAAGAGCCACUUACCCACGACCACCAGCCGCGUUUGAACGAGGUGGCCCGAAAGUUUCUCGCCGAUUUGGACGAGGAGCGGAAGCGAUUGUCCGCGGAGUUUCCACUUUGCGCACUGCUAAUCGCCGAGGCUGUGGACCGUGUCUACGGCACUGGUCGUAUUCCCGGCAAGGAGUUAUACGCAGACGUGUACAACCAAAAGCCGAUGAAGAUUACUCAAAAGGUCUUCGUGCCCGUUAAUCAGUAUCCUAAGUUCAACUUCAUUGGCAAGAUCCUGGGGCCCAAGGGGAACUCGUUGCGUCGCCUUCAGGAGGAGACCCAGUGCAAGAUUGCCAUCAAGGGUCGCGGUUCGAUGCGCGAUCGUAACAAAGAGGAGCAGUUGCGCAGCACAGGUGACCCGAGAUAUGCCCAUCUUCAGAAGAAUCUCUUUCUGGAGGUCAGCACGGUGGCCAACCCGGCGGAGUGCUAUGUCCGCAUAGCCUCCGCCCUGGCCGAGAUCCGUAAGUAUCUUAUUCCAGACAAGAACGACGCGGUUUCGCACGAGCAGCUGUGCGAGCAGAAGGAAAUGGAUCCCGAGGCGGCCAAGAACAGUAACGGACUCUACCUGGAGGUCUACAGAUCUGCCAUCGACAAGAAGUUGGGAGGCAACAGCAAUGGGGCUCUCACGUACAUCAACCCGAUAAAGCGAGUUGCGGGAAAUCCACCCAAAGUCGGCGAUGUGGAGGAGGUUAUGCCCCCCAGUCAUCCGCCUACGAGCUAUGAGUACAGGAAACCACUUCCAUUAAUAAUACCGGAAAACGCAGUGGCAUAUAAACGUCCAUAUCCGUAUCUUACUGACAUGAAAUUUAUGCGCGAACCGCCCAUCAAGAACUUUAAGCCCAAUCCUUUUAAACGGACUAACGUUAUAAAAUCCAUGAUGGGAGCACAUUGAAAAUACUUUAAACAAGAUGGAAGCAGAUUUCAAAAUGAAUAAACAUUAACAUUUAUAAAAA